CCGCCCCCACUCCCGCCCCCGAAUCCCCAAUUCCCCCAUUUUAUAAAUAGGGCCCAAACCCUAGUUGCAUUCCCUCCCCACCACCAAUAUUCGUUUCUCCUUCUUCUCCCACCACCCAAACCGAAUCUCUACACCUCAACAUUGUUUUCUUCUCUAAAUUCUCUCUCUUCUCUCUCUCUAGUUUUUUCUUUUUCUGACGCCCUAUAUAUAAUCACGCCGCCAUAGCCACCCAAUUUCUAUAUCCAAAAAGCUCCUCUCAUAUACAUAUAGGGGUUAGGUUACAGCCAUGGCAGUCGCCUACCCACAUUCAACGCCCGAGCCAGCGGCGAACCUAAUGGUCUCCGCCGCCGUUACUCCGCCGUGCCCCUCCGCCGCCCUCACGCAGGACGAUUUGAAGAAAAUCGCCGCCUACAAAGCCGUGGAGCACGUGAAAUCCGGCAUGGUCGUCGGCCUCGGCACCGGCUCCACCGCCAAACACGCCGUCGACAGAAUCGCGCACCUCCUCCAGCAGGGGAAACUCACCGACAUCGUCGGAAUAGCCACCUCCAUGAAAACGCACGACCAAGCAGUUUCCCUAGGGAUCCCCUUAUCGGAUCUAGACACCCACCCGGUCGUCGAUUUGGCCAUCGACGGCGCCGACGAAGUCGACCCCGAUUUGAAUCUGGUCAAAGGCAGAGGCGGCUCUCUGCUCAGGGAGAAAAUGGUCGAAUCCGCCACCACGAAAUUCGUCGUCAUCGUCGACGAGUCAAAAUUGGUCAAACACAUCGGCGGCAGCGGAUUGGCAAUGCCGGUGGAGAUUAUCCCAUUCUGCUGGAGCCACUCCCUAAAAAGGCUCGUCAAUCUGUUUGCCGAUUCCGGCUGCGAGGGAAAGCUGAGACGAGACAGCUCCGACGGAAACGGCGAAAUCUACGUCACCGAUAACGGAAAUUACAUAAUCGAUUUGUAUUUCGAGAGGGAUAUUGGAGAUUUGAAUGAAGCGAGCGACGCAAUAUUGAGGCUGCCUGGUAUCGUCGAACACGGGAUGUUUAUCGGAUUAGCGACGUCGGUGAUUGUGGCCGGUGUUAGUGGAGUUACCGUGAAGACGAAGGUUGGGAGUGAAAUGGAGGUCGAUUCAUUUUGUUACAAUGAUUUGAGGAAUGGAUUUUAAUUUUUUAACUCUUCUGAUUUGAUAUGAUUUAGGAUUGAUGAUUUAUUUAGGGGGAUGGGAUCAAAGAUUUUGAUUCUUUGAUGUAAUAGAGGAGGAUUUUAGGUGCUUCUUGUUUAUCAAUCCUGCGGAUUGAUUAAUGGAAUUAUGUUUGCUUCAUUAUUUGUCAUUAAUGGGAUUAUAUGAAAGAUUUUGCUUAA